AUGUCUCCACUUCUGAAAAGCAUCAUUGACAUCACUGAAACUUUCAAUCAAUAUGCCUCCCAUGACUGCGAUGGGGCAGCACUGAAGAAGAAAGACCUGAAGGCCCUCCUUGACAGGGAAUUUGGAGAUCUCCUUCAGAGACCACAUGACCCUGAGACGGUAGAUGUGAUGCUGGAACUUCUGGAUCGCGACUCUGAUGGGCAGGUAGAGUUCGAUGAAUUCAUUCUACUUAUUUCCAAGUUGGCUCAAGCGGCUUAUAACGCGCUUGGCGAAGCUUCUCAGCUUCAGGAAGAAAAGCGGGCCCAAGACGAGAGCAACGCGAGCCUGCUAGAAAAUCGCAGGCAAGAAGAUCAAAGGAGAUUCGAGGUGCGGGACAGACAAUUCGAAGAGGAACCUGAGCGACGACGCAGACAAGAGAAGCAGGAACAGGAGAGGGAGCUUGCCAAGGAAGAGGUGCAGAGGCAGAAGCAAGAGCGACUGGAGCAGCAGCUGCAGAGGCAGGAACUAGAAGAGCGCCGCACAGAGGAAGAGCAGCUGCGGAGGCGCCAGGAUCGCGAUGCUCUGGAGUUCCUGGAGAGGGACCCACAGCAAAGGAGAGAGAGGCAGGAGCGGCGUGAAGACGAGCAGCAGCUGCGAAGGCGCGACCUGCGCGAGAGGGAGGAGCAGCAGCUGAGGAGGGAGCGCCGGGAGGAGCGCCUAGAGCAGUACGAGAGGGAGCUCCAGGAGGAAGAGCAGCUGCAAAGGCAGAGACGCCGGCGCGAGGAAGCGCGGGAGCAACAGCUGAGGCGCGAGCGGGACGAGAAGAGAUUCGAGCAGGAGGAGAGACGCGAGCAGCAGCAGCAGCUGAGGCGCGAGCUGGUGGAGCGCGAGCUGGCUGAGGAGGAGCAGGAACAGGUCCGGGAGCUGGGCGAGAGGCAGACCCGAAGGUGGCAGCGGCAGCUAGAGAGCGAGGCCUACGCACGUCAAAGCAAAGUCUACUCGACGCCCCUCAGGCAGGAGGAGCAGAGGCGCCGCCUGGACCAGGAGAAGAGGCGACUUCAGGAACGGGAGCAGGAGCAGGAACAACAGGCUCGCCGGCAGGAGGAGGAGGAGGAGGAAGAGCAGCUGCUGGAGCAAGAAGCGAGCAGGAGGCGCCGCGCAAGGCUGCAGAGGGCGGAGGAGCGCCAGGAACAACGGUUCCGCGAGGAGCAAGAGCAGCGCCGGCGGCGGCGCGAGAGAGCGCAGGAGCUGCGGGACCUCGACGACGAGGAGGAGGAGGAGCUGCUGCAGCGACGGGACCGUGCCCGACAGCUCCAGGAGGAGGACAGCUUGCAGGAGGAUGUGGAGAGGAGGCGACGCCCACAGGAGCAGCGCCCUGGCCAGAAAUGGAGGUGGCAACUAGAGGAAGAAAGCCAGAGACGCCGGCAAACACUGUAUGCCAAGCCAGGCCGCGUGCAGCAGCUGAGGGAGGAAGAGGAACUGCAAAGGGAGAAGAGCCGCCAGCAGCGGGAGAGAGAAUAUCAGGAGGAAGAGCAGCUGCAGCGAGAGGAAGGCAAGCGACAGCGCCAGGAACGCGACAGACAAUACGGCGAGGAAGGGCAGCUGCGUGACAGACAAUUCCGCGAGGAGGAACUGCUCCGCCAGGAGAGGAGGGAAGAACAACUGCGCCGCCAAGUGCGGGACAGAAAGUUCCGCGAGGAAGAACAACAGCUGCGCCGCGAGGAGCUCGAGCAGCAGCUGCGCCGGGAACGCGACAGAAAAUCCCGCUUAGAAGAACAGAUCCGACAGGAAAGGGAGGAAAAACAACGGCGCCGCCAAGAGCGCGACAGGAAAUUCCGUGAGGAGAUCCGGGAGGAAGAGCAGCUGCUGCGCCAGGAAGAGCCACAGCUGCGUCGGGAACGCGACAGAAAAUUCCGCGAAGAGGAACAGCUUCGUCGGGAAAGGGAGGAAGAGCAGCUGCGGCGCCGCCAGGAGCGCGACAGGAAAUUCCGUGAGGAGGAGCCGCAGCUCCGCCGGGAGCGGGACAGAAAGUUCCGGGAGGAGGAACAGCUUAGGCAGGAGAGGGAGGAGCAGCUGCUGCGUCGGGAAGAGCCGCAGCUCCGUCGGGAGCGAGACAGGAAAUUCCGUGAGGAGGAAAAGCUCCAUGAGGAAAGGGAGGAAGAGCAGCUGCUGCGUCGGGAAGAGCGACAGCUCCGUCGCCAGGAGCGAGACAGGAAAUUCCGUGAGGAGGAACAGCUUCGUCGGGAAAGGGAGGAAGAGCGGCUGCCGCGUCGCGAGGAGCAGCAGCUGCGCCGGGAGCGGGACAGAAAGUUCCGUGAGGAGAAGCUCCGUCUGGAGAGAGAAGAGGAGCAGCUGCGCCGCCAGGAGCGCGACAGGCAAUUCCGCGAGGAGGAGCAGCUGCUGCGCCGCGAGGAGCAACAGCUUCGACGUGAGAGGGAGGAAGAGCAGCUGCUCCGUCAGGAGCGAGACCGGAAGUUCCGUGAGGAGGAACAGCUCCGGCAGGAGAGGGAGGAAGAGCAGCUGCGCCGCCAGGAGCGCGACAGGAGAUUCCGUGAGGAGGAAGAGCUGCUGCGCCAGGAAGAGCAACAGCUUCGUCAGAAGAGAGAGGAGGAGCAGCUGCGCCGCCAGGAGCGAGACAGGAAGUUCCGCGAGGAGGAGCAGCUGCUGCGUCGUGAGGAGGAACAGCUUCGACGUGAGAGGGAGGAAGAGCAGCUGCUCCGUCAGGAGCGCGACCGGAAGUUCCGUGAGGAGGAACAGCUGCUGCGCCGCGAGGAGCAGCAGCUCCGUCAGGAGCGGGAGGAGGAGCAGCUGCUGCGUCGGGAGGAGCCACAGCUCCGUCGGGAGCGCGACCGGAAGUUCCGCGAGGAGGAGCAGCUGCUGCGUCGUCGUGAAGAGCAACAGCUUCGACGUGAGAGGGAGGAGGAGCAGCUGCUCCGUCAGGAGCGAGACCGGAAGUUCCGUGAGGAGGAACAGCUCCGGCAGGAGAGGGAAGAAGAACAGCUGCGCCGCCAGGAACGCGACAGAAAAUUCCGUGAGGAGGAAGAGCUCCUGCGCCGCGAGGAGCAGCAGCUCCGUCAGGAGAGGGAGGAAGAGCAGCUGCGCCGGCAGGAACGCGACAGAAGAUUCCGUGAGGAGGAGCAGCUGCUGCGCCAGGAAGAGCAACAGCUUCAACGUGAGCGCGACAGGAAAUUCCGUGAGGAGGAACGUCUGGUGCGCCCCGAGGAGCAACAACUUGGUCAGGAAAGGGAGGAAGAGCAGCUGCGUCGUCAGGAGAGUGAGAGAAAAUUCCGUGAGGAGAAACUCCGUCAGGAAAGGGAGGAAGAGCAGUUGCGCCGCCAGGAGCGCGACAGAAAAUUCCGUGAGGAAGAGCAACUGUUGCGCCGGGAGGAACAACAGCUGCGUCAGGAGAGGGAGGAAGAGCAGUUGCGCCGUCAACGGAGCGAUAGGAAAUUCCGCCAAGAAGAACAACUUAGGCAGGAGAGGGAGGAAGAGCAACAGCUUCGGCGGGAACGCGACAGAAAAUUCCGAGAGGAGGAGAAACUCCGUCUGGAGAGAGAGGAAGAGCAGCUACUGCGUCGCGAGGAGCAGCAGCUCCGUCGGGAACGUGACAGGAAAUUCCGUGAGGAGGAACAACUCCGGCAAGAGAGGGAGGAAGAGCAGCUGCGCCGUCAGCGGCGGGACAGAAAGUUCCGCGAGGAAGAGGAGCAGCUGCUGUUUGAGGAGCAAGAAGAAGAGAGGUUCAGGCAGGAGCGAGACCGGAAGUACCCAUCAGAGGAGCAGUUUGCCAGAGAGGAAACGAGCCGCCGUCUGGAAAGAGAGCUGCGGCAAGAAGAAGUGCAGAGACGCCGCCAGGAACGGGAGAGGAAAUUCCGGGAAGAGCAGCUCCGCCGCCAGCAGGAGGAGGAACAGAGGCGCCGUCAAGUCCGGGAAAGACAAGUUCUGGAGCCUGGCACGCGUCAGUUUGCCAGUGCCCCGGUGCGUUCCAGCCCUCUCUAUGAGUACAUCCAAGAGCAGAGAUCUCAGUACCGCCCCUAGAUGUUGCCAGUGUCCUGACACCUGCCAAUGCCUCAAGCAAAGGAAAAUGGGAAGCACUGUGUACCGAGUGAUCACUCAAAUGUUUCUGGUUGUGGGAAAACUCUCUUAUGUUAGAAUCUGUCUUUUCCAAAAUCUUUACACCCUUUUCAUGUGUUUUGUAUGUCUUCCUGUUAGUCUCUGGCAAGUAGUUAUUGCAGUAUAUUUUUGCUCUUUGGUGCAGAAGUGGAGAGCACUUAUUUUAAACAAAAGUCAUUUAAUUUGCUUCAGGAGUUUUGUUUGAGGAGCAUGAUGAUUUAUUGCUUUUGAAGUUAUUUUCAAAAUAAUUGGUUUGUCCUUAACAAAUGAGCCAACUUGUGGAGUGUUCAAAUGUUUUCAAUAUUCAAGUUGGUGUUUCUUCUUAAGCCUAAAUUUAAUUCAUCUUUACUUCCAAAUAGCUUCUCAUCUUUUAUGGCUUAGUUAACAGGUUCUUCCAGGUGACUGAGCUUUACAACUCUUCAAUAAUACAGGAGAAAUUACUCCUGCAGUAAAACUUUCUAUGAAAUUAAGCUCAUAACUGGGAGAAAUAACACUAAAGAAUAAAGUAUAACUUGAACACUUAAAAUUCAAAAUAUAUACUUUUACACUUAAUUCCACUUGAACACAACCACUUGAAAAUCUUAAAAACAAAUGUUCUCAAACAAUUUCUGACCUCAAAUUUUAGAACUGUGCUGUAGUUUCUAGUGCUCCGCUCUACUCCCCCAAAUUUUGCUGGGUUUGGGAAAAUUAACUACCUUUGUUAAUUUGGGCCUUGAGGUAACCUGCUCAGGAUAAAUGUCUUGCUGUAGGACCCAUGAGAUCACAGAAUGUGUGCGGGGGAGGGGAAGGGAAAAUGUAAGUGAACAGAAUGGCAAAUUUCUGGAUGCCCUUUAACAGGAUUCACCAGCCCAUAAUCCUUUGAGGCCUACUGAUACUAUCUUGAAGACAUUCUUGUUGAAAUAACUGGACUGUGAGCAAUAAAUACUAAAUGUUUGGCAAA